AUGUUCAGGGCUUUGCAUCAGGUAAUAGUAGUAGUAGUAUUUGCACUAUCUUGCUUACAAAAGGCCAACGGGCUGAUAUGCAAAGAUGUAGCAAACAUAAAAGAGUAUUGGAGUGAUAGGAUGGAUUGCAUGCAAGAGGAGAUUAGAAUUCGCAGGGAUUUUCUUGAUAGGGCAGAGACUUUUGCGUGCGAAGAAAUACCAUCUGAUGUGCUUGAAAAAGAUAUAAAAACAGGAAGAGAGAAUCUGUCCAACAUAAUGUCACAGCUCUCAGCUCUUUCCAUAAACGCACGAAAAAUAACAACAACAGCACAAGAUCUGAAAGAGCUAGAAGACAGCCGUAAAUUGGAUCAGAAGGAAAUAAAUACGCACUACAGUAGCAUAGAGGAGCUGCUCCCGUCAGCUCUUGACGAGAGCGAUUUAGUAAGUGAGAAAAUCAAAGAGUUUGACUCGCACAUGCUGGAAGUAAUAAAAAAGUGCAGCAAAAUGAAAAAGGGAGAGAACAAAGUGCAAGAGCUGACUGUGUUUAAGCUGGCAGAGAUGAAUAAGCUCUUUGCUGUGGAGAUGGUGUACUCUUUUUUCGGAAUGGAUUUGCUCAAGCUGGAUGACGCCAAAGAAGCCGUAGUAACUUACAUAUACACAAAAAUGAGCAAAUAUGUCAGCAUUUUGGAUCCUAUGUUUUACAUGCAGAUUGUGUGCGAUGAUCCAGUUGACCGAGAAGUGGACUUAUUGGCUUUCGCUGAUGAGCAUUUUCCAUCUCUAUUCGGAAACUACGAAAAAACUAAGAAAAUCAUACUGCCCGCCUACUUUGAUCUGAUAAAGGAAGACAUUUCUGAAGAAGAAGUAGAAAAGUACAAAGACAUGACUCCCAGGAAGGCUAUAAAGCUAAUAAUGAUUGAGUGCGCAAUGAACAGAGAUCUCAUAGACCACAGAAAAAACAAUUUGUUUUCCAACCUCGGAAAAAUAAUAGUGAGCAUAGGAAGGCCCUUCAACAUUGAGAGCGCAGACGCGGUAGAUAUAGACGCAGCAAGAGAAGAACAAAAUGAGAUACUUGAUGCGCUGAGUGUCCUGUGGAGUGAUUACAAUAAUGCCAAUGCGUAUAUAUCGCCAAACGACAUUGACAUUUUCUGUAUGAAGAAUAAGAUAUCACUGGAUGAUCUUAAAAUUGUACAGAACAUUUUCAUGUCUGCUAUAUGGAUGUACAAACUGAACAUUGCCAGCCCAGCCUCUGAAGAGCUCA